AUGACCAUGCUUGAUCGUUGGCUGCUACUCCUGGUAUUUUUGGCUAUUGCUGGCCCAAGGGCUGCAGCCGAUUCUCCAUCAAACAGUGCCGAUCUGAAAGCACGGCUGGAUCUGUCGGCAUUCAAGUUCUUCUCGAAAACUGCUCAUCAUGUGGUGGACCUUGAAAUCCCGAAGAUAACCCUUCCGGACAUAACGCUCGAUAUUACUGCUGGACCUGGUACUGGCAAGGUUUCUGCGCACGACCUCAACAUCACCAAAUUUAAAUCACCAAACUUCAACUUCCUGCUGAGCGAAAAAGGUGCUGUGAAAAUCGGUGGUUUAUGGGAAGCCGAAUACACAAUAGGUGUGCCGUUACGCGAAUCCGGUUGGAUUGAGGUGCUGGCAGCAGACAUUCGAGUGAAUGUGUCUGCACGAGUGUUGGACGUCGAGGCACGUCCCCAGAUCGUUUUGGGCGACUGUACUGCUGACAUUUCAUACUUCAACUUUCGAAUCGGCGGUGGCGUUCUACCGUGGUUGGUGAAUCUGUUCUCGUCUCAGAUCUCAUACGCACUGAGAAAAGCCAUUCAUAAUCAGGCGUGCGAUAGCGCUCGCUCCAUCCUGCUAGUGAAUUUCAACGAGUUCCUGCUCUCUUUACCGCUUCACAUACCCAUCGGACAGGAUUUCUACAUUGACUAUGCGAUUGAGCGGAAUUUAACGUAUAACAGAGAAUUUGCUGAGGCAGAAUUAUUGGCGGACAUCACUGGGCUCGUUCCAAAAAUGCUCGUGAUCUGGUUGAGCGAAACUGUGCCGAAUUGUCUGCUCAGCAGCGCUCAUGAAGGGAAAACUCGUCCAAUUCACCGUAACCAAAGAUAUUCCCGAACUAGCGUCAUACUUGAGGACGAGGGACGUUCUUUCAAAACUCGCACGCGAAUUUCCGAUCACAUAAAUGAUCUCAUUUUCACACUCUACGACCGUUUGUACGCAUCAGCUGAUGGAUGA